AUGGAGGUAGCGAGGGAAGAAUUGUCCCUCGCGAGCCGCCGUAUGGCUAGUUCACGCCCGUCAGAUGACAGAAGCGUCCCUUUCCCCCUGAAGCGGCUCGUGUGUGUUGGCCGCGUCUCCGGCGCUGGCUGAGAAGGGCGAGGGGGCCCUUCCGCGCCGCCAGCCUCAGAGGGGGCAGCGCACCCCCGUCCGCCCCGCAGCCAUGAUUAAGGCGAUCCUCAUUUUCAACAAUCACGGGAAGCCGCGCCUCUCCAAGUUCUAUCAGCGCUACAGUGAAGAUACACAGCAACAGAUAAUCAGAGAAACAUUUCAUUUAGUGUCAAAACGUGAUGAAAAUGUCUGUAAUUUCCUGGAAGGAGGCUUAUUAAUAGGUGGAUCUGACAACAAACUGAUUUACCGACAUUAUGCCACGUUGUACUUCGUCUUCUGUGUUGAUUCUUCAGAAAGUGAGCUUGGCAUUUUAGAUUUAAUACAAGUAUUCGUAGAGACACUAGACAAGUGUUUUGAGAAUGUCUGUGAACUGGAUUUAAUUUUCCACGUAGAUAAGGUCCAUAAUAUCCUGGCUGAAAUGGUGAUGGGUGGGAUGGUUUUAGAGACCAACAUGAAUGAAAUUGUCACACAGAUUGAUGCUCAAAAUAAAUUGGAAAAAUCGGAGGCCGGUUUAGCAGGAGCCCCAGCCCGGGCUGUGUCAGCUGUAAAGAAUAUGAAUCUUCCAGAGAUCCCAAGAAAUAUUAAUAUUGGUGACAUCAGUAUAAAAGUGCCAAACCUUCCCUCUUUUAAAUAAAUUGUGCACUCCAGGUAAAAAUGAUGGGUAAUUAGAAGUUAAUUAUACAAAUGUUUACCAGUCCAUUUUUUGUGUGUGUUUUGAGUGAACAGCUUGUGUUACUCCACAGAAAUCCUUUAUAAAACUAUGUGAAGUUGAUUGUGUUCUGCUUAGUUAAUUUAAAGGUAGUGGAGCCUUUAUGAUUUCAAAGUGACAUUUCUGUACUCUUCUAAAGCAAGCAUGCAUUUGAUUAGAAAUAGUUAUUUACAUCGAAAAUGUAUUUUCUGUAGCAUCUAAGCUUUGUAAUUAGUGUAGCAGGACUAAUCACAUUCCUUCUGGUUAUGACUAUUUAAAAACCUCAAUAUACCUGUUGCAUGAAAUCAUUGUACUGUAAUUUCUCUCCUUUAAAUAAAGUUGUAAUGAAUUGGA